AUGGCGGCUGCGGCUGGGCAGCCGACAAUGGUGGACAAGGGGAAAUCCGGAUCGACGGUCCAGGAGUUCCCGGGGCUCGGACCGGUAGAGGGAAGCAGGGAAAACAGCUCAGACCGGGGAGGUGAUGAGUUGCCGGUCCUAUUUCCCGGACCGGUGAGUGCGGAUAGCUGCUGCCGACUGGUGUGUGAGCUCCUGAAACAUGUCCUGUACCAGAGGCAGCAGUUACCACUCCCUUAUCAACAACUGGCUUUCUUCAGUCGGACUGACUCUGGCCUGGCGGACAAUUCCAUGUUGUCACAUUCGAGGAAAAAUGAACAGAAUAACUGCAAGAAGUUUCAGAAGGUACUGUCUGAGCUCGAUGAGAUUUUCCAGAAUUUGGAGGCACUGUUCAUGCUGACACUGGUUCCUUGUGUGCACAUUCUGUUGGGUGGAAAUAUUGUUAACCCAAAGGAAAUGUAUGAGAUUAACAUGGAGCGGAUUGUCUUUGGCAGCUCUGAGGAGAGCUUGAAAACAGUCUCCUGCAUCCGAAAACUUUUCCACACACUGUUUGUCAAGGACAUCUUCAAUGAAUUGAAAUCCAUUCCUCUGAUGAACACUGUGCUACUUGUCCAAGGUCACAGAGAUUGUGGAGUUCAGUGGUUCCGACCCAAACUUAACUACAGAAUUCCAAACCGCACCAGGAAGCUGGUUAUUAACCUCACUUGUGAUACUGUGAACUUUACAUCAACUCAGCAGACAAGACGUUAUAACCAUGAUGACUAUAUCUGGUUUCAAGCACCUAUAACAAUCAAGGGAUUUCAUUAAUUACCAUAACAAUCUUUUCAAUAAUAGGUGUAUCUUUCUGCAACAUAUAGGUGAUGCUUUUUAAAUUAUAAUAGGCUUUUUGAAGUUUAGCCCUUAUGUCAAGUUAGAGGAAGAAUAGUACUGUAAGUUUAUCUCAAUUGGACCUCUGGGUGACCCUUUCCAUUGGAAGAAGAUAUUAAUCAUGAUGCUAAAUAUUAGAGGUAAGAAUCUAGUAACACAUCAAACUGCUAAGUUGAAUCAGAAAAUGAGGUAAUUGGUUUUAAGUGGUAGAUAAUACUAACUAAAUUGCAUUGUUCAAUAAAGGUAAAGUCGUCCUAGUCUUAUUAGGUGAAAGAGCUGCUUUCUCAUUACAGAGAGAUGACUGAUGGUGGUUUAACCUGAAAGUUACCAUUGCCUCAAGCGAGGGGAGAGGUUGAGAAGGGGAGUCCUUUAUGGUAACCUUUGCUGAUGCAGAAAUUGAGCCCAUACUGUUCCCAUCACUCUGCAUUGCCAACCAGCCAUCCAGCAAACUGAGCUAACAUUGGCAAUUAUGGAACUGAUUGAUAAACAGAAGGAGUCAGAAUGUCUGAUUUGGUUGGUUUUUGCAUUCUUGAGCUAAAGUUGGGAAUAAGCUUGAGUUUCUAUUCUUGAAAGUGAUCCAAUGAAAAGGAUUAGGCUCUGCUUUGAACCAUUGCGUACUUGACCUGUCCAGGUUGGUGCAGCGUGAGGGUAUUUGAUCAAGAUCCACAAUGGUAACUGAGUCUCUAAAAGAUAGGUGGAGUAGGCCAUGUGAACUAUUCAACCCCUUCCACCAUUUAAUAAGACCUUGACUUUACAACUCCAGAUUCCUUCUUAUCUCCAAAUUUCUUGAUUCAAUUAUGCUGUUGAGGCCAUCAGUUUUUGUAUUUUCUUUCCCAUGUUUGGUUGGAGCGGAGAGUUACAAUUGAGAAUUAAACUUCAGUUUGCAUUGUUUUUAAAAAAGGAAAGAACAAAAGACUGUUUUCUAUUGGAAAUUAGCCUGAAAAAAUAUGCAGAUUAAGUACUGCUUUAAGAACACUAUAGAUGAACUCGCACCAAAAUGUUAUGCUUCGGAACUGGCAGCGAGUUGCAUGUUGAAUUGGCCAAUCGAGGGAGAACUGGUGUUGGGCAGCUAACGGGAAGUUGAAAAAGAAAGAGAAAGCAAAGAGGGAAUUGACUGUGAUCGGCCAGGAAGGAGGCAGGUUUGCUUUAGAAGCUGCUGCACUGGUUUUAUUCUGUCUAGUCAUUCUCCAGCUAUCAACUUACUGAAAGCUCUGAGAAAAGAAUCCCAGUUGUAAGAAAUAAGUCUCCAGUGAUCUGCAGAAGCUAUUUACAUUAAUCAGUAACUUUGGAAUUCAAGCAAGACAUACAGUUUGACAUGCCUGUAAUGCAACUCAUCAAAGGAUUUCAUGAGGUCUAGUAGUCAUUGUUGAAACAGUUAUUGAACUGGGAAAUUAAGAAUUUUUUUUCUUUUUUUUAAUUUAUCCCUAUUCAUUUGUUCUAGCAGUUACAUUAUUAAUACAUUGUUAAUUUUUGUUUGUUAUAAAUAUGUCCAAGAUUUGUUAUUUGUAAAGUCUGGUUAGGAACAAUUGAGUAAUUUUGAGAAUUAUUGAAUCUUUUAGGAUCACUGUGUUGCAAAUCCAGUGAUAAUAAUUUGGUUUGGCUUGUUAUCUGUGUCAUAACCGUGCUUUUAAAAAAAAUUAUUGGCCUUGGACUUUGAUAUGCUCAGCACUGCCCUUUGGGUAGAGAAUUCCAAAGAUUCAACUUUGAUUAUUCCUUCAAAAAAUAUUUAAAAACAAAGUAAUGUGUGUGUGAAAAAUCAAUGUAAAGAAUGAUCUAACAUUUUAUCAGUUUUUCCAAACAUGGUGCUCACAAUCAAUGUAUUUUGAAUGAAUUUUAAAACACAG